AUGCUCUGUGGUGAGAACAAAAGAUCCCCAAGUAUUUAUUCACUGCAGUCCCAUUGCCUAGAGCUGACCUUCUGUGGAGAAUAUAGCUACAGGCAUCUGCAGCCCCUGCUCACCCUGCAGUGUGGUGAAUUAAAGAGGGGAGAGAGGGAUUAUGACAUAAGCAGUGAACUCAGUCUUACCUAUGUAAAUGCCAGUCUUGUCCCUCAGCAUCCUAGUUGUAACAGGAUCAACAGGCAGCAACAUGCAGGGUCCACGGAAGAGUCAAUCUGUCUCUUAUCUCCAUGCUGUCCGUGGGAGAGCAUCUUACCCAGGUCAUGCAUGUGCCUGUGUAUGAGGUUUCUUCUCACUACAGAAAGGAACUGCACCUGUUGCCCCUGCCCAUAUGAGGAGGAUGGGGGAUGCCAAUGUUGUCACUGUACCUGUUCAGACGCUCCCAAUUGCCACUGGUGCUGCUGCUCCUGCGCCAACGACCCACUCUUCAAGUGCUGCUGUAUUUGUCCCGAAGGGCAAUCUACCUGCCACUUCUAUGAGAGCCGUUGCUAAUUUCAUAACCCUUGGGAGAUUUUUUCCCCCUAUGCUGCUCUCAAUUCAAGACUCUUGCGCAAGAAUGGAAGCUGUGAUUCCUUACUCGCUACAACACAGUCUAACCUGGUGGAACACCUCGGCUGCCCCACAUGCGGCAAGCUUAGGCUGCACUCCUACAUAUUACCCUGUGGACACUGCAUCUGUGAAACAUGCCUGCAGAAGAUCCAGGAUACAGCUGACAUCACCGAGAGCUUCUUCAUCUUCAAUUGCCCCAUCUGCCAGCGGGCCCACUGCCUGCCCAACAACAAGAUGGUGCUACCUGAGAACUAUUUGCGGAGCCGCCUCACCAGGCGCUACAUGCAGAAACAUGACUUCCUCACCUGGCGCUUUGACCGGGCCUUGAGUCCCGCCUACUGCCAGGUGUGCAGGGAGCACAGGCUGGCUUAUAAACACUGUGUCACCUGCCGCUUGAAUCUCUGUAUCGAGUGUCUCAAGAGCAUUCACUCGGACACAUCGAUGCAUGACCACAUUUUCGUGGACGCCUCUAGCCAGGAGCAGGAGGAGAAGCUCUGUGUCUAUCACCCGAACCACAAGAUCACUGAGUACUGUCGGAAUGACCAUGAGCUGCUCUGUCAAACCUGCAGGAACAUCCACCAUGAUGGGCAUGACGUCAUUAGCCUAGUGGAGGCCUGCUCUGAGCUCUCUGCCGCUCUCUUCAGCGCCAUCGCCAGUUUCAAAUCAGUCCGAUUUGAGAUUGAUAAUGACCUGAUAGAAUUCAACAUUUUAAAGAAUGGCAUUAAAGUGGACAAAGAGUCAAAAAGGAAAACAAUCCGAGGUGGAUUCCUAAGACUGAGGCGUAUACUUCAAGAAAAAGAAAAAUCCCUCAUGGAGCAACUGGAGAAUAUGGAAGGAUACAGGCAGAAGGAAAUUGAAAAAUAUGUGUGUGCCACAACUCUUAAAGUUAAGGAAAUGGAUGGACUAAUUGAGUUUUGUAAAGAAGCUUUGAAAGAGACAGGUCAGGUGGCAUUUCUACAGUCUGCUAAGGCUUUGGUAGAUCAAAUAGAGGAGGGGAUCCAAAACACAUAUCGGCCUGACCCACAGCUCAAGGUAGACAGCAUAGAGGUCCUUCAGCUGAAUUUCACAGACUUAGCUAAUGCCCUGUAUGCCCUUUUCCCUAGCCAGCAACAGAAAGAGUCAUCCUCAGGUGAUUUUUCACCCACUCCCUAUCCCGUGCAUUCUGAAAUGAUGAUUACUCGAAAAGUCACCUUCAGUGCCCAAAAUUUUACCAAUCACCAAGUAGUUCAGCGCAGUUACUCUUCACAGUCCCUCCCAGGAUCCCCUAAUGAGAAGGGUAGGGCAAGCUUUGAAAUGUAUGGAAGAACACAAUCCAUCUCCACUCCCAGGGCCACGGAAGGAUUCUUUACCUACUGGAUGGCACCUACCGAAGGCCAGAACUUUUGGUCUACUCCUCCAGAAGGUGCAAAAGUCCAGACCUACAGCAGCUUUCACAACUGGUAUAUCACCAACGAAGGGAAUUUGAAAGUUCCAGGGCUCAUUGUCAUCUACCAGACAUUGGUGUAUCCAAGAGCUGCCAAAAUUUACUGGACAUGUCCCACAGAAGAUGUGGAUUAUUUUGAGAUGGAAUUCUAUGAACUUAUUGUUUAUCCUCCCAAUAACGUCCGGACAGAACUUUGUGGACACAUACGAGACAUAAUGCAACAGAAUCUGGAACUACAUAAUCUAACUCCUGGCACAGAGUAUCUGUUUAAAGUCCGUGCGGUCAACGAAAAUGGACCAGGGGAAUGGAGCGAUGUCUGUAAGGUAGUGACACCAGAUGGUCGUGGGAAGUCCAGAGCAAAAUGGGGACUACUGAAGAAUAUUCAGUCUGUCCUCCAAAAACGCUUUUGA